AUGGACGCCUCGCAUCACGUUCUCACUAGCCUGAUCGAUCAAUCUCACCUUCAGUCGUCCAUACAACUCGACCCACCACCACUAAUAUGUUUUACUCUUUUUCAUUUUAUUUAUACAAGGAACCAUGUGGUUUGUACUUCUAGAUUCGCCACUGCCAUCAGAUAUUCUCCACUGUGCUCAUGCCAUCAUAAAGUCAUCCUUCUUCAGGCCAUAAAGCUGGCAAAUAUAAAACCCAAGAUGAAAGGGGAAUUGGUGACAAUGCACUCUAACUAUAACAAAAAUGACGAAGAUAAGUUCCUUAUAAGCUCGAGUGAAGUUAUUGCUGGUUGGAGCAUCAAAGAAGUCAACGCUAGGCCAAACGCAAAUCAAAAGCUGAUAGAGAAGCUUCCUUUUGGGAAAGCCAAUGUGAAGGGUAUGGUUGAAACUGGGAAGAGUGUGGGGCAUCCCGGGUUGGAAGGAACUUCAUUUAGUGACCAGCUUGUACAUAUUGGUCAUUUGAGAAUAAGAAUGAAGCUCUACAAUGAAAAGCAAAUUGCAAGAGACACAAAAGAGUGGGAUUGUGGGGGACAAGAAACAUUGAGGUUUUACGACAAGAGGGAAUUUUCAGCAAUGGAUGUCGCUACUGAAAUAAUAAAACAAGUUGUUCAGGUUCUCAUGGAUCCUGUUAAAAAGCAUCUGGGCUACAUGAUUUCCUACAGAAAAUAUGUGGUCGAGAUGCAUACGAAAAUGUACUAUUUGGAUGUUGCAAGAGCUUGCGAAAAAGAGCACUUGGACCGGAACAUAAGAAUACGUCUUAUGGUGCCUGACCAGGUUAGCCCUUGGUUGGACAAAGUACAAAAUAUUAAUGCAAAAGUGGAAAACUUUCCAACUAAAGACCUCGGUUGUCUCGAUUUCAAUAGUAGGCACAAACUUGGAAGCAAAGCCUCCAAGAUAAUCAACGAGAUAGAUAGUAUCACAACACAACUCUCUCUGAUCAAAUGGACUGAUGAGAAAAUUCCUUUGGGAAGAAUUGAUUCCACCAUGCAUCCACCUCUACACCAUCAGGUGAUCACAAUGACUUCCAGUCAAGAGUGCAUACUUUUACAGAAGCACUGA